CUUCUUCCUUCGAUCUCCGCCUUAUAAAAUCCGACCGCUCUCUGCGUUUUCAGUUUCCAAUUUCAACACGGAAACCCUAACCAUGGCGGACCCGAUCGCGGAGGAUCAAAACCCUAACCCUAAUCCUUACGCUUCCGAAUUUGACUCCCUCCAAAUUCCGCCUCUCGAUUCUCUGUUCUUCUCCGAUCCCAACCACAACGUCCCCGGGGAGGAGGAGCCUUUUAUUUAUGCUUCCGGCUCCGCCUUCGAUUUCGGAUUCGACGAGAAUAGCGAUUUCGAGCUCACCUUUGACGACCUUGAAGACCUCUACCUCCCCUCUGAGGCCGACGAUUUCCUCAUUUCCGAGAAUUCCCCGGAGUCGGCUCCUCAUGUUCCGCCCCAGGGAUCGCCGGGAUCGGGGAGUUCUGCGGUUUCCGGCGAUCAGUCUCCUGAUGAUUGUAAGUUUCUUGACAACUAUCAAUCUUCGAAAUUACGGACGAUGGAUAGCGAGUGUCUUUCGGCUCAUUCUGGGGGCUGGGACUCAAAGGCUUCGAGGGUUUUGAAUUGCUCCUCUCCGCAGCAUGGUGGUAGUGAUCAGGAGUUCUCCGGCGGGCCGGCGUCGUCUCAGGGCUCGGGUUCUGGGAAUUGCGGUUCGGGCGUCUCUGAGGGAAUUAAUUGCCCAUCUCGUGAUGCAGAGUAUUAUGAUGAUACUGUCGACCAGAAGAUUAAAUCAGAGGAAAUGGAGAAGAAUUGCAUGGCGAAGAGGAAGAAAGAACAUGAUGAAGGGAAUGCGGAUUCGAGAUCUGCCAAGUAUCGAAAAGCAUCUGGACCUGCAGAUAGCAUAAAUCCCCAAUUGGGUUCCAUUGCUAUAAACGAGGACGAAGAGAAGAAGAAGGCGAGGUUGAUGAGGAAUCGAGAGAGUGCGCAGCUCUCGAGGCAGAGGAAAAAGCAUUAUGUGGAAGAGUUGGAGGAUAAAGUGAGAACUAUGCAUUCAACCAUUGCUGAACUGAAUGGUAAGAUAUCAUAUAUGAUGGCUGAGAAUGCGGGUCUCAGACAGCAGCUGAGUGGUAGUGGUAUGUGUCAGCCUCCUCCUCCUGGUAUGUAUCCGCACCCCUCAAUGGCUCCAAUGACUUAUCCAUGGGUCCCCUGCGCUCCCUAUGUUGUUAAACCGCAAGGAUCUCAGGUCCCUCUGGUUCCAAUUCCUAGACUAAAGUCCCAGCAACCUGCUCCGGUAGCAAGGGGUAAAAAGAAUGAGAGUAAGAAGGCUGAGGGAAGAACUAAGAAGGUUGCCAGUGUUAGUUUUCUGGGUCUGUUGUUCUUUAUUAUGCUUUUUGGUGGUCUAGUUCCUGUAGUUAAUGUCAAAUUUGGAAACGUAGGAGGAGUUCCUGGUAAGUUGGCAUUUGUUAGUGAUAGGUUAUACAAUCAGAAUCGAGAGAGGGUUUUGAGAGUUGGUAGGUAUUCCAAUUUAUCCAAUGGUGUGAAUGUAGGAACUCCUUGUGGGAAAUCUGGUACUUUGAACCGCUUACAGUGUGAGCGAUCUUAUAAGAAAGGACGAGACUUGAAAUUUGAUCAACAAGUAAAAGGGCCGCAGCAUUUACAUGAUUCAGAUGAGUCUAUUAAGGUUGGAAAUGGUAGCGAACCUCUUGUGGCUUCCUUGUAUGUUCCAAGGAAUGACAAAUUAGUGAAGAUUGAUGGAAACUUGAUAAUUCAUUCUUUCCUGGCUAGCGAGAAAGCUAUGGCCUCUCACACGGCGUCUGAUACGGACAAGGCUCGGGAAACUGGUCUUGCGAUCCCUAGAGACCUUAGUCCAGCCCUUACCAUCCCAAACAUCAGGGCAAAUGGUGGUAAACAUUCUAAUGUGUACAGAAAACCUGCCGAACAACCGAAGGCACUCCCUUCUGGUCCAGCUAACAGUUUAAAGGACCACAUCAAAGCAACCGCUGCUGAUGGCAAACUUCAACAGUGGUUCCGUGAAGGUCUUGCAGGGCCGAUGUUGAGUUCUGGCUCGUGCACUGAAGUGUUCCAGUUCGAUGUUUCGUCAACGUCUCCAGGAGCAAUAGUUCCAGCAUCUUCAAUUGCCAACACUUCUGAAUCACAUCGCAAGAAUGCUACUCACCUUAACAAGGGAAGGAAUAGGAGAAUCCUGGGUGGUCUUCCAGUUCCCCUCGGCGGAUCAAAUUUCAACAUCACAGAAGAACCUGUUGGAAACCCACGCAAAGACAGCUUCACAGGUAACAACAAAACAGCUUCUUCCAUGGUAGUUUCUGUGCUCAUUGAUCCAAGAGAAGCUGGCGACAGCGAAGUCGAUGGCGUAAUUACGCCAAAGUCGCUCUCGAGAGUUUUUGUUGUCGUGUUGCUGGAUAGUGUCAAGUACGUCACUUAUUCAUGCGUUCUCCCCCGCUCGGGUCCUCAUCUCGUGUCUACUUAGCACUUGGGAGAAACCAUUUUGGGGGCCAUAGGAAGUUCUGCCUGCCAAUUGAUCUACAUAAUACCACAAAAUUUUGUACAUAACAGUGCAAUUGGUGGCUUUUAAGAAUAACCUUCUUCUAAUCUUGACUUUGAAUGGGCCUUAACUUGCAGGAUUAGUGUAUUUUAAGUUAUAGUCAAAGUUUGUAAUGGGCUGUCUGUAGGUUUUUUCUUUAACUUUCUUCCUCGGUCAUCAAUAGCCGUAGGGUAAAAAGCAGAAGUGCUAGAAACUCAAAUGUUUGAAUGAGUACUAUUUAACUAUCUCCAUUAUACACUAAUUUGCUACUUACUUUCAUUUUA